AUGGCUGGAUUUGUUUCACUCUGCAUUAGAUCAUCCAAGAUUGAUUAUGCCUUUUGGAAGGAUGGUGCUUUGAAACCCGCUCUUAGGAUGUAUCGUCGAUGGUAUGACCACCACUUCUUCAAGAAGGUUCCCCACGGCGCCGAGGCGGUGAACAUUCUGGUUGGUGAGACGACAUUUCUGCGUCACCCUGUGGCGGCAUUUGUACGACUCCGAGAGGCUGCCCGUCUUGGAGAGAUGACGGAAGUGCCAUUGCCGACUCGAUUCAUGUUUAUUCUUCUUGGCUCCCAGGGCAAUGGGGCCAAGUAUCAGGCCAUCGGACGCGCACUUGGCACUCUCUUCUCUGAUGAAAUGUUCUUAGAUUUUGCUACUCGCAGCACAUCACGCAACGAUCUCUUGGCUGGAAUUGACGAAUUCCUCAGUGCGUCUUCUCUCCUUCCGCCGGCCCAAUGGGAUCACAAAUCGAGAAUCGAGCCUCCACACGCUCCUCCAUCUCAGGAGAAUCGUAAGGCAGCUGCUGCCGCCGCCGCUUCUGCUGCCGCUGCUGCUGCAUCAAAUGUCAAGGCAGGAGCAUCGUCCACCGACGAAGGCCCACGCAAACGUCACAGUCUUCUUCCCAAACUCUAUCACCACUAUCGCCAUCAUAAAGAUCCCAAAUCAUCAAUCAGUCCCACCAACCUCUCUGUCUCUAUGGCAUCUCAACGGAAGAGGGCGGCCUCUCUCGGAUGUGGUGAUGCUAGGGGAAAGGACAGUCCGCCAUCCGCUUCGAAAGACAUCGUUUCUGUGGAAGGCGGAGGGGCCCCCCCGGGGGGCUCUGGUGCUUCUGAAGAGUUCGACAGAAACAAUGAUCCUGCUUUGAUGAGAACUGGAAGGUUAUUCGGUGGUUUGAUAAGGGAUAUAAAGAGGAAAGCGCCUUGGUACCUCUCAGACUUUACGGAUGGAAUGCACAUCCAGUGCUUUGCUAGCUUCUUCUUUCUCUAUUUCGCUUGUCUUACGCCCAUCAUCACUUUCGGUGGUCUUCUCUCUGGUGUUACUGGUGGCUACCUUGUACGUGCCAGUUUGAAAUAGCGGCAAAGUGGACAGGAAGAUGCAGCCGAUAAUGGCGUAUCUUACUCUACAAUAGCUACAAGGUACGUCUGA